CGCGUUAUAGACGACAAGCAACGAAAAAUGUUGUCUAUAUGUCAAUAGACGACAUAUUUUCUCUUGUGUGUUGUCUAUGACCGAGCUUUUACACGACAAACGACAAAGUACGUUGUCUAUUAUAUGAAUAGACGACAAGUUAUGGCCGCGGGUCGUCUAUGUGCAUGCUGAGGACGCUAAUACACGACGUGGGAAGAUGCUUGUCGUCUUUAAUCUAAUAGACGACGUGCAAGCUGCGUGUCGUGACUCGUGAGUUAGAAAUGUCAAAUUAGGUUUUGGUGUUUCACACUCUCUCACGCCGCCGCUCUGCAAAUCUCGUGAGUUUGAAAUUUCAAACAAAAUCUCCGCCGUCCGUCACUGUCGCAGCCACCGUCCGUCGCACCAGCCACUGUCUCACCCACCGGCGCUUCACCCACCGCACCACCUGACGCCUCACCCCCCUCGUCGAUCGAUUUUGCCGCCCAUCUCCGCCUCGGCAAAUGGAUUAGGCGAAGCCCUUGCCGCCGCCGUGAAGAGCCACCACCGCGAGGCCCUUGCCGCGAUAUUGUGCUGCCCAUCUCCGCCCCAGAGACGUUCCCAAAGCUGCCGGAUUGAUUUUAUUCGGAGGGCUGAGCUCCAGGUUUCACCAUUGACGUAUGCACUCUCCGGCCCGCUCAAGCUCGCCUUUCUCCAUUCUUCUCCAACUAUUGAUCGAUUCUUCUCCAUUCUUCUCCACUCCGGUGCACGGGGUAGCAGUGGUAGUCUGGUUGAUGUAGCUCGACAGUGGGUUGGGAGGCAGGGCUUGCUUCCAUCGAGUGAGGAGCUUCCUUUAGCUGAGAGCUUCCCUAGCAGCGGAGGCCUUCUAGCACAGUGGCAACUGUAAUCUGAACUGGUGUCAUCUAAUAACAAAAGGGUUGGUUUUUGAGUGAAAGAUUUUAUUACUUCACUAGCUCAGACAUUAUUUCGUGGAGUAUAUUUGAGCCUGAAUAUUGGUUAGAAUGGACCUCAAAUCAGGCAGUACAUCCCCUGUUCUCACCGACAACACGAGGUUAGGCAUUCACUCCGUACUCUCACAGUGGCUCUGCUUUCUCUCCGACACUCUUCCUUACCAUACCGAGGAAGAGACCUGGACUACUUGAUGAUGUGAAGUCCAGCCUGCUUGAUACUAUGAUAUCAUCAUCCCCGACUCAUAAUAAACUAUUGAAAGAGUCCAACAAUGAGACAGCACAAAAUGAUGGUGAUCUUGCUUACCGAAACUGGACGUGCAAGUAUCCGUCAGCGCUUGCAUCUUUUGAGCAAAUAGCUAAAAGUGCAAAUGGAAGGAGAAUAGCAUUGUUCUUGGAUUAUGAUGGAACUUUAUCUCCAAUAGUUGACAAUCCUGAUCGUGCCUUCAUGUCAAAUGCUAUGCGUGUUGCUGUCAGAAACGUGGCCAAGUAUUUUCCAACAGCUAUAAUUAGUGGUAGAAGUCGAGACAAGGUAUAUGAAUUUGUAGGUCUAACCGAACUUUAUUAUGCUGGAAGUCAUGGUAUGGACAUCAUGGGCCCAGUUAGUGCUUCUCAUGGUGACCACAAAAACUGUAUCAUUUGAUAUAGGAUCUUUGUAUGAUUGAUACUUUUUCAAUGUAGGAUGAUAAUUAACUUUGAAACUAAUGAAUGACCUUUUUAUUA